AUGACUUCUUCGGCCCCACAUUCUCCAGCUCGUUACAGGGACGUCGAUACUGACUCAAAUGCAUCACCAUCAAGACCUUCACCAGCGAAACUCCUUCGCAUCCAACAAAUAGAAGGAGAUCCUCGAGCAUCCUCAUUGCCACCUCGUCGCAUAGGAUCACCAGCCAAGAAAGUACAAGUUCGUCCAAGAUUGAAUCAAUUUUAUACCAUUGAUCAUGCUGUGUCUCUCUUGAAGGCGUCCAAGAACAUCGUUGUAUUGACCGGAGCUGGUAUUUCAACAUCACUCGGUGUUCCGGAUUUCCGGUCCAAGGAUGGCGUCUACGAUCUACUGGAAGGGUCACCAUACGCCGACCCUCAGGAUCUGUUCCAUAUUGACAACUUCAAAGCAGAUCCUAGGACAUUCUUCAAACAGGCCCGGAAGAUCUUCCCUAAAAUGCAAGGUCUUGUGCCUAGUAAGAAUACCAGGGACGGCUCAAAGUCGACCGAGCAACAUAGCGUUCCCAAAUACAGUACCACGCACGCAUUUCUUUCAUUACUACAAGCCAAAAACAAGUUGUUGACCAACUACACCCAAAACAUUGAUGGACUAGAGGCCGUUGCUGGAAUUUCUUCGUCAAAACUCAUACACUGCCAUGGUACUCUGUCGACGGCAACGUGUAUGAGUUGUGGUAAGCAAGUGUCUGCCAGGAAAUACAUGCCCGUAGUGCAUGCAGGAGGGCUGCCGGUCUGCAAGUGCUCAUUGCAAGAUGACCCCAAGACGCAACCGAGGCGGAGUAUGCUCCCAAGAGGCCGAAGUGGCAAGAAGAAGCGCAAGAGAUAUGAAUAUGAAGAUACCGACUCGGAAGAGGACCAACAACCUUUCGAGAAAGGUCUAUUGAAGCCGGACAUGACAUUCUUCGGUGAGCAAUUGUCCAAUACGUACGGCCCACGGCUCCAGACAGAUAAACGCCAGAUCGACCUUCUAGUCAUCAUCGGAACGUCGCUCAAAGUGAACCCAGUCAACGAAAUUCCCUUCAAGAUCCCACCAACGGUGCCUCAAAUAUGGAUCAGCAAGGAACGGUGUCAGCGAGAGGGGGUCAAGGUCGACAUAGAACUCCUUGGGGAAUGUGAUCUCAUCGUCGACGAGAUUUGCCGGCGCGCGGGUUGGUCCUCGGCUCUCAAUGACCGCAAGUGGACGCCUGAAAAAGCCGAGCUCAAGCGAUUGAAAGAGAAAGACAGCAACCUCAAUCUGAAGAAUUCAAGAGAUCUGUCCUCCGACUCGAGUAUGAUGAGAACAAAAAUCCGAAAAGCAAUGUCGGCCACGUCCAGAUCUCCGGCAGUGAAGUCUAAGAAACAGACACUCGAAAUGCGACCGAAAGUCGCGGACAGAACACCUACGAUCAAGUUGAAUGGCAAAGAUCUACCCGCAGAAAAUAAUGGAGAUCUCGGGCAAAACCAAUCCUUAGUGGCAGUACCAGUACCGCCAGCCAUCAAGCUCGAAACCUCAGGGUCAGACCCAGAGCUAGCGGUAAAACGACAGGCAUCGGUCCCACCACUGCCAAAAGUCAGCAUCGAACUCGAGCUGGGCACGCACUCCAGAUGGUUCGUCAAGCGUGCGACCUGA